AUGUGCUCUUCCAGAUUUGCUCGAAAUUUGAAGCCGGAACAAAUCUCGCUGGAUGUCUUCAAGGGCAAAAGCAAGCUUCAUUUUAUCGAAAUCAAUGAGGAAGUUCUUACUGAUGUCCUGGAAUUGCCCUCCUGGCUCAGAAUAAAUCGUGCUUUUUGUACAGGAGUUACUGUGAGUGUGCCAUGGACAAAACUGAAGAGCGCUCCAGUGCAGAUUUUUAUUGAUGAAAUCAGUGUCGAAGUCGUUCUUACCAGUGAACCACCUGUGGAUAGAAAAUCUGAUCGUCUCGUCAGCACACUUGGAGAAAACGCGUCGUAUGGCUUCGCUGACAAGGUUGUCGAGGGCAUGUCAUUGUACAUCAAUACCGUUGAGAUCAGUUUUGGCUCUGAUGCCUUUGGAGGGUCAUUCAUGCUUUCGAGACUUUCCGUCGAGAGUAGAACUCCUGGAUGGCAAAUCGCUCAGGAUCUCAGAUUGACUAGGAUAAAUUGUCCUGAUCUAAGUAGAGUUCUUUUGUACAAGCAGAUUUCAUGGCAACUUCUCCGUAUAGAAGCUUCAACAAAAACGGAGAGGAGCGAAAAAAGAUGUACUAUAAACGCACCUUUGAGGCUAAUCACUAGUGGUGGCAAAAUCCGCGUGGCGCUCAAAAAGAAUACUCUAGACGGCACCGUAUUGAAUGCGCAGAUCCACAUGCUCCUUGACGAUAUCCUUUGGGUCGCAACCCUACCGCAGCUUCGAUCCGCUGUUAUAUUUUAUUCCUAUAUUAUGAGCUUGGUCAGAAAGAGUGAAAAGGAAUCUACUGCGGUUGUAAAUCUUUCAACAAAACCUGCUGAGACGGUGUUCCCUAAUGGACAAAUUCCAAGCGUUUCCAACGCAUACAGAACCUUUGAUUUCGAGCAAACGUCUUAUCACUUGCACAUCAGGAAAAUCGAUCUGCACCUUUGCGAUGAUACUACUUCGAACUUUACUCACCCACCUGAUUGGGACAUCGAGAGCGGCGCAAUACAGGUUACAUUAUAUCGCGUGUUGAUUGAUGUUUACCCCAGAACGUUGGCUACAUCCGAUAGAAUGAACUGGCCUCGUUAUGUCGCGCCAAACGACUUCACGCGAUGGAUUGAUAGGAGACUAGCAGAACAACUUUCUCACUUUUCUGUGGAAUCUGACGAAGCUGUGCGAACGAGACUGUGGAGCUGUUGGCCAGAAUUGUUGUCUUUCAACGUUUUGGUUCGCAUCUACGACUUAGUCGUGCAGUGCGUUUCAGAUUUAAAUUCGAAGAGGGAUAGUCUCCAAAAUCUCUUUGCCAGUGAUCGCCACUUGAAAUCACUUCCAAAUGACCAGUUCAUCCUUCAUUUUGAGUUCACCAAUUUCAUGUUCCCUAUGUCAAGCACGCUCCCAGUUCCUGCCCCUACGAGCUUCCUCCAAUUAGGACCAUUUUCAAUUCUAUUUGAUCAAAGGACGAUCCGGUGGUGUCUAUACGUAAUACAUAAUAUUUCGACUGCUUUCAAGCAAUCUGUUGGCAUUGAAAUGGAGCCUAUUCCUCAUUCGGAUCUGAGAGUCGACCUUAUAACGCCCAAGGUCGUCAUAUCAUUACCAAAGCGUUCGAAUGAUGAUCGCCGACUUCCUCUUCGCUUGCUGAUCUCGUUUUCGACAUUAUCAUUGUCGAACUGCUCUUUCGGUCAAAGCAUGUCGUUCGAGAUGCUCAAUGCUUCCACUGCGUACAUGAAACAGUUGGAUUUGUUUGGAGGAGGACCCGUACUUGCUGGAGAUUUGCCGCAGUUAUUCGAUGAGUGUGUCCCAUGUGGAGCAAACGAACGCCUUUGGUUGCGUACCUCGCCUUGUUGGGUGGAAACAGACUACGGGUUGAAUACGAAGCCGUUACCUGUCAUAGCAGAUGUAACCUUCUCAGGGGCUAUAAUAGUUAGACCAGAACAGCUUAACGUUUAUAUUGAAUCAGCCACAGAAAUUAAUGCCGUCUUGGACCAUUUCCAAUUUCUCCAGCUGAAAAGAUUGUCUGCUUCUUUGUCUGACUACUGUGAUAUUUUGGCAUCGGAUCAGAAACACUUUAACUCCGAAUGCAAUAGCGGGUUUCCAACAGUUGCUAUAUUGUUAGCUAUAAAUCAGAUACGGACGCAUAUACUACUAACGAUGGGACCGAUGCCAUCACCGUAUUACGGUAGUCCAGCAUUCACAGAAACCAUUGUGGAUAGUUUAUCAGGUAGAAUAAUCAUGGAAUGCAUAACGCUCAAAAAAUAG